CGUAUACUUUCUCCAUCAACAACAGUUUGGCCACUAUGUGGUGGAUGAGAGUGAUAUUGGUACUGUUGCUGCCAUUUUCGUUUCUAUUCCAGCAAGGUACCUGCAGUGCUAGUACUGAGCAAGAGCAUACUUGUCUCCCUUCAUCUUGUGGUAAAAUUUCAAACAUAAGUUAUCCAUUUCGAUUAAAAGAUGAUCCAAUUCAUUGCGGGGACAGCAGGUAUGAGCUAUCUUGUGCAAAUAAUGUUACAACUUUAUAUUUGUAUUCGGGAAAAUAUCAUGUGCAAUCCAUCAACUACAACAAUUUCACAAUCAGACUGGUUGAUCCCGGAGUUCAACAAUCUAAUUGCUCUUCACUUCCUCGCUAUUUCUUGUCUCGAUCGGAUUUUUGUGAUACUUACGAAUAUGAGGACAAACAUUGCAAGGAUCCAUACCAAGCCGUGGUAGAAGAAGAUCCAAGUGCCCUUCUUUUUGAGCAUAUAGUUUACUUGAAUUGCAGCCAUCAAGUGACUAACAGUCCUAAAUAUGUGAAUACUUCUUCAUGUCUGAAUUUGAACUCCAAAUCCAAAGGGUAUUAUAUAUAUGCUAUGGCUGGUGAUUUAAUUGCUCAAGAUUUUCAAGUUGGUUGUCAUGUGAAAUUGGUUACUCCAACUUCUUGGUCAGGUUUGCAAAGAAAUCAAGUACUUUCCUAUGAUGUCAUGCACAAAGCAUUGGUAUAUGGAUUUGAUAUUUCAUGGUUCAAUCUUCCUUGUAAGAAUCUUUGUGGGGAUUCAGACUACUGUUCCUUCAACUAUACCACCGAGAAACUUCAUUGCUAUCGUUUCUGCCAUAAUUUCUGGGGAGGAGAUAGGGACGAUCGUUUUUGCGGUGUUCGAGGGAUAUGGUAUCAGCUUCGUGUAUACGCUAAAGAUAUUACAAUCGCUAUUUGGAUAGGAUUAAUUGAAGUAAUAAAAGGGCCAAACCUAAAAUAUGAAGGUGAUACAGAAUAUAAAUUAGGAUUACGCACAGGACGCUAUGUUCUACCAUCAUUGGUUGCAGCUAGAUUUCUGUUUGGGAUGACAUUAUUUAUUGCCUUGUUGAUAUACAAAUGGAAGAAAAGACAUUUAUCAAUGUUUGAUUAUAUUGAAAUAUAUCUACAACAAGAAAACAAUCUCAUGCCCAUUGGAUAUUCAUACAAAGAAAUUAAGAAAAUGGCUAGAGGUUUCAAAGACAAAUUAGGUGAAGGAGGCUUUGGCACUGUGUUUAAGGGAAAACUACGUAGCGGUCCUUGUGUGGCAAUCAAGAUGUUGGGUAAAUCAAAAGGUAACGGGCGAGACUUUAUAAGUGAAGUAGCAACCAUUGGGAGAAUACAUCAUUUGAAUGUGGUGCAAUUAAUUGGAUUUUGCACCGAGGGAUCAAAACGUGCUCUUGUUUAUGAGUUUAUGCCUAAUGGAUCCCUCGAUAAGUUUAUUUUCUCUAAAGAAGGAAGUGUAAAUAUAAGCUAUAGCCAAAUUUUUGAAAUAUCGGUUGGAGUAGCUCGUGGGAUUGCUUAUCUCCAUCAUGGAUGCGAAAUGAAGAUUUUGCAUUUUGAUAUUAAGCCUCACAACAUCCUUCUUGAUGAGAACUUUACUCCGAAAGUCUCUGACUUUGGAUUGGCUAAGCUAUAUCCUGUGGAGAAUAGCAUUGUCACAAUGACUGCGGCAAGAGGUACCAUUGGAUAUAUGGCUCCAGAAUUGUUUUACAAAAAUAUUGGAGGAGUGUCCUAUAAGGCCGAUGUUUAUAGUUUUGGGAUGCUUUUGAUGGUGAUGGCAGGUAAAAGGAAAAACCUAAAUGCCCAAGCAGAGCAUUCAAGUCAGCUUUAUUUUCCUUUAUGGAUUUAUGAUCAAUUUGGACAUGAAGGAGAAAUAGAAAUAGAAGAUGUGACAGAGGAGGAAAAGAAAAUAGUAAAGAAGAUGAUCAUAGUGGCACUUUGGUGUAUACAAUUGAAACCAGAUGAUCGCCCUUCAAUGAUCAAGGUAGUGGAGAUGCUCGAAGGAGAUGUUGAAAGCCUUGAAAUGCCUCCAAAGCCAACCCUUUAUCCACAUGAAACGGUUGUAGACGAUCAAAGAACCAACCUUGACCAAACAAUGUCGAGUGAUGAUUACACUAGUUCUUAUGAUUCUGUUGAAAGAGAAACUAGUUCUCUGAUAGAGAAUAUUGCUUGAAUGUUCACAAAAGCAAAAUCUUAUGUAUCCACUUAUUGUUUAUUACACUGUUCUUAUGUAAUGCCUUUUCCACUACUGUGUUCUACAUCAAAUGUUCGAAAUAGUUUCUUCAUUUGUAAUUAAUAUGUAAUAAUGUUAAAAUCUCAUUCAACUGUGAA